GCUUCAAGGAGCAGGCUGUGGCCACCGCUGAGCCUUCUCUGAUCUAGUUGCCACUCCACAUUCGUCCUCUCCUUGUCACGGUUUCAGUUUCCAGAUGUCUGCUGUCAACUCGGACGCACCUGGUGGGACUGAAGGAAGAAAUGCAGAACCCAGUAAAGGGCCGGCAGACUCUCCAAAAGCCACUCCAGGCUCAGAGCUCCCGUGUCCCACCAGCCCUGGCAUCACCAGCUUCCCUUUCCAGCAGGGGAAGGUUCCCCUCCAUCCUGUCUAUGCCAACGGCUUCCGGGUUCCUCCGAGCUCCGUGAAGCAGCAGCCGCCGCCGGGGAAGCAGAGAGUCAGCUCUACUGCAUCCGUCUGCUCCAAAAGCAGUCAAAAGAGCUGCAAAUCCACAGCCUCUCAGAUCCAGGAGGUGGCUGGGGAUGACUGCUGUGCCCACUGUGCCCUCGCCUGCCUCUUCUGUGAGUUCGUCUCCCUCUGCGUGCUCGCCCUGGACUGUGUGGCCUGCGGGGGCUGCCUGAAGGCUUGCUGCGGCGGGGACGGCGGGGAACCGCUGGCGGAGUGUUGCUGCUGCAGGGAAGCGGGCGGAGGGAACUGCCCCUGCGGCUUCGGGUGCGGGAUGCUGCAGGAUUGCUGCGGUUCCUCGGACUGCCUGGAGAUCUGCCUGGAGUGCUGCUCAAUCUGCUUCCCGGCUUGACGCCGGGGGAUUUGGCUCCAAGUCCCAGAUGGCCGCCCUGGACCCAGACUUGACUGAACACAUAGGUGGCCUGUCUGCUCCU